CUUGUUUAGAUCAAGCUGCAAUAAUGAAAAUAAAGAAAACCCCACCAAAGAAAUUAGCGGCACCCAUACCGCCAAUCAAAAUUCUUAUUCAAAAGCUCAAUGAAUGUCGCGAAGAGGAAAUACCGGUUAUAGUGGAUUCGGUUAAAGAAUGGAGUUAUUCAAGAGGAGAUCUUUUUCACUGGAUUACUGUAUUGAACCGCUUCGAUAGCAUUCUUGAGAAUAUUUGUCAAAAUUAUAAACUUAAAAAAUUGCAGGCAGAAAACUUUACUGAAGAAACGCGAAGCGUUUUAUUGGCUAUAUUAAAAUUUUCUCGAAUGUUACUGGAAAACUGCACAAACAGAAAUUUAUACAGUUCAUACGAGCAUCUCAAUGACUUGAUGUAUACAAGUGAUUUAGGUGUUUUGGAGGUGUUGUUACGUUUGAUACUCCGACCUGCACAACGUCUCAGUAAUCAACGUGCUCUUCGCACCAAUUUUACCAUUUCUCAAGAACGUAUUUUAACUUUGGUCCAUAGUUGGGGCACAAAAGAAUAUGAUAUUGAAAUGGCGCAGCUUGCGUCCGAAGAAGUUAAGAUCCCAGAAGAAUUGACAACCUUAAAUUAUCAAUUUUAUCGUCGUUUAACACCAUCAGAAGCUGCCGAAACCACGGGUGAAAAGAAAAAUGAAUCUGUUGGGUCUGCUGCCUCCACACCUCAAAAAGGAAAAAGGAAAGAUAGUGCUUCAAGUACCGGCGGAGCUAAAGCUGGAGAAGGUGUUGCUUUGAUUACCGUUAAUAACAUCCAUCAGUUUGGAAAGACUGAUAUGGACAUUUUAAACAAUAUUGUUGAAGAAUAUAAUAUUCCUGAAGAGUUUCACUAUGCUCUUUUAAAUCGAAUUCGAAUCGUUACCAGUAUUACAUCAAUCGAAUCUCGACGAAAAUUCUUAAUAAUAAGAAUACUUGCUAUUGCUAUUAUGGCUCAUGUCAUCCCCGAACAUAUUGCCCAAUCCAAAUUAUUUUUGUACGAACCGGAUAUCGUUGCAAAUCUUGCCGAAUUUGUUCAUCCGGAUAGAAAUAUACCGAUCGAAAUUCAAACAGUUGCAUUUUAUGCAUUGGAUGGAAUCAGUCGAUAUCGAUCAAAGCUUAGUGAAGUGUUAUCUGCCAUUAAUGCGGCAGCUAAUCACGGUAUUUUGCUUUACGUGUUGCGGAGAGUAAUUGCCGAUCUGGAUAGCAAAAAUCCUAUUUUCAAUCAAGAAUAUUAUGACGCGGUUUUUGCUUUAAUUUCCUAUUUUAUCACUUCACAAACCGGUGGAACUAUGGUGAUUUCAGCAGGAAUAGUUCCAACCUUGUUACAAUUGUUGAACAAUAAAAAUCCACAGCAAUCAAAGAAUAUAACAAAAGUUGUCAGUAUAUUGGACAGCCUUGUGUAUGGAUUCACCCCUUCAUUUACCUCAUUCUGUAACGCUAAUGGAGUUCGUACAUUGGUACAAAGGAUAAAUGAGGAAGUUGAUUAUGGUAUCCAGUUAUUAGGUGAUAACCAAGAAGACUUUAUGGAAGAUGUAACGAUUGCAGGGUCUUCAGCCUCAACGAAUCCACCGGUUACUGAGCCUUCUAUAACCGAAAUUACUCUUCCUUACGAAAAAUCUUCUUUAUUGAAGUCUAUGUUUAAAUUUGUUUUGCAUAUGAUGCAAUCGGCUGGUACUGCUGAUGGAUUGCGAAAUCUUAUCGACACAUCUCUUCCAGAUUCAAUUAAAAAGGUCUUUGAACAACCCAAAGUAUUCGGAAGCAGUAUAUUUGCACUUGCAAUCAACAUCAUUGCAACUUUUAUUCAUAAUGAACCUACUUCACUUCCAAUUAUGCAAGAGGCUAAGCUUCCACAAACUUUUUUAAAGUCUAUCGUAAAAGAAAUUCCUGCUUCAGUAGAUGUAAUUCAAUCUAUUCCUAACGCGUUCGGUGCUAUAUGUUUGAAUUCACAAGGAAUGGAAAUUUUUACUCAGAUGAAUCCGAUAGACAAAUUUUUUUCAAUUUUUACAUCAACUGAACAUUUGCGCUCUCUUCAAGAUGGCGAUGUUGCGUCAGUAUUGGGAACAAAUAUUGAUGAAUUGAUGAGACAUCAUCCAAGUUUGAAACCAAGUAUCAUGAAUGCAAUAAUGAACACACUUCAGCGUAUAUUAGAACUUGGACGGAGUGAUUCCACUAUUGUUAGUGAUGAUACCAAUAUCUUACAUGCUGGAACAGAUGAUGAUCAAAGCCCUGUUCCAGAAAAACGAGUGGAAUCUGAGUCAUCUGAUAUUACCAUGGGUGAUGUUGAUUCUGUUAAACCUGAAGAGAAAAAAGAGAAUAUUAUUGUUUCGUUUAUUGAAAUUGCUGCAAAGUUUUUGGAAGGUCUUUUCCAAACUCCAAACCAUUGCAAAGAAUUUCUCAGACAAGAAGUCGGGUUAAAUAUUAUUCUUAAAUUCUACGCAUUACCAACAGUCCCUUAUGAUUUUGCAAGUUCGCAAGCCUCAUAUUCUCUCUCCCAUUUAAUGAGAGUGAUUGCUGUUGUCGAUUCAAAGAGAAGUGUUACAGCAAUAAUUAGUGCACUUAAUGAAGCAUUUCAAGGAGCAACAAAUUUCCUAAAUCAUGACGGAAAGGGAGGUCUUCUCGCUGAUUACAUUGAUCUCAAAAUAAACGAUGCUGCUAAAGUUGAAGAAGCCAAUAAAACCUUCAGAUCAUUAAUAACUUUGCACGGUUAUGUUGGACUACUUUCUGAUGUCUAUUGUACACCAGUUUUCUCUCACGGGAAAAAUGCGUCAUCUGUUAUUGAAGCUUUUGUUGGAAGUGACAGCGAAGUAAUACCUUCACUUGGAAAAUUGCAUCGCACGUGUGUUUGGGAAAAUGUUAUCUUAAAAUCAUCUGUACCAAAGUCAUGGUAUGCUUCACAAACAAAACCAAAAAAACCGUUUAGUCUUCCUGAAAUUUCAGCUAUUUCGGCAUUAUUGGACGAAAAUGACAAAGAGAUAACUGAUUCAAAUGAACCUCCAGUUGACCAGAAUAAUCGUCAAGUAAAAAAUGCAAAAUAUUUUAAAUUCUUGGUGUCUCAAAUUCCUUCUUGUUUGACUCCAUUAUUUCAAGGUUUGGCCAAAAUGCUUUUCACACGCAAACAACCAGAUACAAAUCAAAAGGCAUUGGCUUUCAAAGUAUCCAAUUCUAUUGCUGAGGUCCUUCGUGAUCAUUUAACCUGGUCUCGUUAUUCUCUUGAUAGCGAAACUGAUUCUACAAAUAAGUACAAUUACCUCACCGUCAUGCUUGGACUUUUAUCAUUACUAUUUCUAGAUGAACGAAAUCAAGUAUCUCUUCAGACAAUGUUAGUUCUCUCAUUUGUUGAUAAAGCUGAUGGGUUGGAAUGCGUAUUCACACUCUUACGCCAGUUCUGGGAAGAAGCAGAGGCUAUUAAAGCUUUUGAAGAGUACUCAACUAUUGAAGCAGAUGACAAAUCAAAAAACAAGCUUACAAGAAUUCACGGAUGCAUCGAAGUUACACUUAAUUUCUUUCAAUUUGUAGCUUCAUCUAAAUUUCUACACGAUUCAGCUCAAACAGCUUCCAUAACAUCUAAAGAUCGUGAGCCUCGUUUCGAUCCCUUCGAAUUUCUCGUGAACGUUCGAGCAAAAAUUCUUCCUGUAAUUCAUGAACUUUGGUUAAGUUCUUACUUAACAAAAGCUCCACCAAAUAUUUUAAGAUCUGUUGUGCAAAAUUUAGUUCAAAUUUUAAAAGCUGAAGGAGAAGUAAAUCAACGACCGGAAGGAUCAAGUAAUUUAUCAGCUCCAUCUUCAUUGUUUGGAAGAAGUCUCAUUCCAGAUGAAGACAGGGUUCAGCAGUUAAUUGAUAUGGGUUUCCAACGUUCUAACGCUGAAACAGCACUUAUAAGAUGUAAUAAUCAUGUCGAAACGGCUGCAGAAUAUUUAUUGACUCACCCACACACUAUAGCAGCGACAAUUUUUUCAGAAGCUCAAACGGUCGAAACUGGUCGUGAUUCUUCAACAAACAAUACAACUACUGUUGUUGGUAAUGCACCGACUGACACAAAUACCACCACUGGUUCAAAUUUUGAUAUUUCUGGAGUUUCUGGCGAUGACGACGAAGAAAUAUCCGAUAAUGAUGAAAGUAAUAAUAUGGAACAAGAAGAUAUUUUAGCUCAGGCGUUGGCAUUAUCGAUGCAAGAUGGUCAAACUGCGGAACGAUCUAAUUCUAGUGAGGUAACUGUUCCUAUGGAAACAGAAUCUACUACUUCAAAGAAAAGCGACAAAGGUAAAGGAAAAGAAGUCGCUUCAGUAGAUCAAUUUAAAUCUCUUAGAGAAGAACUAAAAACAAGUGCAGCUAAUAGAGCUAUUGAAUUAUUGGAUCAUGUUGAAGAAGUUAUUUUCGAAGUAAAAGAUUUAUUUGUCCUCCUAAGCAAAGAUAAUGUUGAAAAAACUAUCGAGUUGGUAAUAAAAAGUGUUGAGAAUGCUCGUGGACAAUCUGAAGAACUACGCAAAAAAGCAUUAAGCUCACGAUUACGUUUAUUGGCUUUGUUACUAAACGAAACUAGUAUUCAAGGAAAAAUCUCUCAUUUACCAUUCAAUAUAUUUUCGGAUAUGUUAUCCAUGGUAGCUGAACAAUCCGAACAGCCUUCUGAAAGUAGUUUACCUAAAUGGUUAGCACCAGCUUUGUUAGUUAUAGAAUCUUUUAUAUCUUUAUCAGAUGAACCAACAACUGUUGAGUUAAAUCUGUUACAUUCUAAACUUGAAGAAUCGGAAGCGAUUGUCAUGGACAAUAAUUCUUCACCAACAGAUAUACAUCGUUCAAAUUUACUUGAAUACUGCUUAUCAUUCAUGAAACGUAAAGAUCUUGACAAAGACAUUAUUAAUUCAUUGCUUCGAAUCUUGGUGCGGUUAACUCGACGCCAUCUUGAUGCAACUGAAUUUGUUAAGAAGGACGGGUUAUCGUUACUUUUUAAUGCUUUCAAACCACGAGCUCAUGAUUUCCGUGGACAACAAAUAUUCAUUGUAAUGAUAUUGCGACAUAUAAUAGAGGAUGUUUUUGUGUUAGAAUCAAUUAUGGAGAGAGAAAUCAAAAACUGGUUUACAAAUCCUCGACCUCGUGUAGUUGAUAUCAAUGCUUACCUUCGAAAUACUGCGCAGUUUGCAUUGCGAAAUCCUGAAUUGUUUGUUCAAUCAACCAAGAAGCUUUGUAAAUUGACAAGGUAUGAACCUGGUAGAAGUAGUCAGCAUCAAAUUACCUUGAUUAAACAAGAACCUGAGGAAGCUAGUAAUACAACGAAUAAAGAUAAUACCGUUAAUGAAGAAGAAAUGACGGAUGCUGCACCUUCAUCAUCUACUUUUGAAUCACCUAAAAAAUUAUCUUUUGGAUCCGAAGUUGCAGAAAAUUUAAUUCAUUUCAUAGCAAAUGAAUUGAUUUCUAUACGUAAUAUUCAAUCUACUGCACUUCAAGAAUCAAAGCCAACUGAUACUGCACAUGAAAAACAAAAGAAUAUCGAGUCUGUUAAUUCCGUUACAACAAAUAACAAUAAUAUCAGCAUUACUAAUAAUACUAACAAUGCUACGAAUAUUACGGGACCUACUCAACCACCCUUUAAACCUGAAGAACAUUUGGAUUAUUUAUGUCGUUGUUUCUUGCUUCAGUGUUUGACAGAAUUACUCUCUUCAUAUCCUUCAUGUAAAACUGAAGUUAUAAAUCUCUCCCGUAGAAGGAACAGCGUCGGACCUGGUACUCCUUUUAAAACAAAAACUCCUUUAUUGAGUUAUCUUUUAAAUGAUUUAUUACCAUAUGGAUGUAUUACAUCCUCGACCGAUAUCGAAAUGCGCAAACGUUAUGGACAAUCUAAAUGGACGACUUCCGUCAUAGUCGCUUUAUGUUCAAAUAUCAGUAAUGAUGUUGAUGAAAAGAAAGUUCAACAUGAAUUGGUACAAGUUCGUAAAUUUGUUUUGGAUGGUAUAAUUCGUUCAUUUAAGUAUGCCAUUUCUUCAUCUGAUCCUAUUGAAUCAAAAUAUGGAAGGCUUUUGGCUUUGGCUGAAUUAUGUUAUGCAAUCCUAACCGCACGUACAAAUCCAAGUAAUAAUGCAAACAGACCUAUUGAUGAUGGUCCCGCUAGCGUUGCUAAGUUAAUGCUUGACAAGAAUUUUGUGAACACUUUAACUGAAGCUCUUUCAGAAGUAGAUUUAAAUUACCCUUCAGCAAGGAUUUUGAUAAGUGCUUUAUUGAAACCAUUCGAAUUUUUAACAAAAAUAGCCAUAAAGUUGGGUCGUGCGCCUGAACCUUCUAAAGAGGAACAAGAACGUCGCAAAAGUAUUUCUUCCAUCUCCACUCCUUCAGCUGAUGAAAUAACAGAAGAUGCGCCUGAUUUGUAUGCAACUUCUGUACUUGGUGCUCUCGAAGGCAGAAUGGAAAGUGAUGAAAUGGAGGAUGAAGAGAUUAGUACUUCAGAUGAACAAGUAUAUAACGAUGACGAAUAUGAUGAGGAGACCGGUAGCGAUGUUAGUGAUGUUAGUGAUGAUAAUGACUUAAAUGGAAGUGUUGCUGGUGAUGGAGACGAUAUGGACGUAGAAAUAGUCGUUCGACAACCAUUGCAUGGCCAUUCAACAAUGUUGGAUAAUCAAAACGAUAAUAAUGACUCCGAAAAUGAAGAUAAUAAUCUAGCUCAACAUUUAGAACAUGAAGAUGAUACAGAUGAUGAUCACCCCGUUCGUAUUCGUCAAGAUGGAGCUGAUCAAGAAAUGUGGGACGUUCACGACCAAGUUAUUAUAGAUCGGGGUGAUAUUGCUGAAGAAACUAUUGAUGAUGCUGAAGGACAUCAUCAUCGACAUCGUAGACAUGGAGGAUUUGGUACUGAUGAAGGGAAUGAUAGAGAGAUAAUUGGUGAAAUUCACGAUGGUUAUGUGGAUCGUCUCAAUUUUAAUUGGGGAUGGAAUCAACCCGGUUCACUCUUUAUGAAUGACGAUGAAUUUAUUCCAGGCCGUCCAAGUCGCGCAUUAUUUAGCUUUGGUAAUAGACGUCAUCGACAUAUUCCCGGUAGUCGUCGUGCCAUUUUAGAAGUUCCACCAGAAGGUCUCGACUAUGUAAUAGGUGAUUCUGUUGGUUAUGGAUUUAAUUUUGGCACAAAUGAUGAAGUGGAUAUUCCUGGUAUUGGUAGAAAUAGACCAAUGCCCGGCGCUAGCGAUGAUGUUACCACACAUCCAUUACUUGUUAACAGAACAUCGAAUCUUCCCAAUAUCUCUGGAACGACUGGAGUUGAAUUUGUAAGAGGCAGAAAUGUCAGAAAUGGACCAUUGAGUGACUGGACACAGUCUAUCGAAGAACUGAUAGGUGGUGGUGCUGCUCAAUUAAUAGAACAAUUGUUAACUAGAAGUCGUGGUUUAGGACAUUCCACUUACAGACUUGAAUUAAAUACAGGUUCGGGAAGUUUAAUUAGUGGUAUCGAAGUUGACCGAAUAUUUCCUAGAUCCAUAACAAACGCUCAAGAUAAUCAAAAUGUUACCCCUCCGAGUGAUCCAAUUUCCGCUGUUCAAGAAUUUAUGCCAGUUUCGACUGGACAAAGGUGGUAUGACGAAGCUCGAAUGAUGUACGGUAAUUCUGUAUCCGAAAAGGCUACAAAACUUGCUAGUGAUGCAGUUUUAGAAGCUGAAUCUGCUGCUGAAGGUUCACAAAAUGUAGCAGUUGAUCAAUCAAUGGCUGAAGGUACUACAGAACCUGAAGAAGUAAUUGAAGUUACUGAAACAACUGAAAUUAUUGAACUUGGAGAUGCCAUGCAAGAAGAUGUCCCUGAUACCAUAACCGAAGAAAAUUUAGAAGAUCCUGAUGCUAUGGAUGCUGAACCAUCUCCGGCGCCUGAAAUUUCACUUACAACCUCUGAGAAUAAUCCAAAUAUGGAGGAGGAACCGACUACUAUUGAAGGUGCUAUCAUUACACAGUCCUCUCUACCUGCAGCAGAAGGUACGACUGAAGGAAAUGAAACUCAAAGUGCAAGAACGACUGUCGUGAUCAACGGUCAAACUAUAGACAUUACAGAUACUGGAAUUGACCCAACUUUCCUUGAAGCGCUUCCUGAGGAAUUACGUGAAGAAGUUUUAAACCAACAUUUGCCUCCGGAGAGAAGAAACAGACCUCCAGUAAGCGGUGCAGGAGAUGCUAUUAGUAAUGAAUUUUUGGAAGCCUUACCUGAUGAUUUACGAGAAGAAAUUCUUCAGCAAGAAGCAGCGGCUCUUGAACAAGAAAGAAGAGAACGUCAACGAAAUGUUGAACCAGUUGCUGCUGACAUGGAUACUGCAAGUUUCUUUGCUUCAUUGGAUCCUCAUUUAAGACGAACUGUCCUACUUGAACAAGAUGAGAUGGUUUUGGCUUCAUUACCUCCAGCAAUUGUUGCUGAGGCAAAUGCUUUGCGAGAAAGAGCAAGUAGGAGAUAUACAAAUGCAGUACGUUCGAGAACCAUUGCUAGUACUACUCCAGCCGUACCAACUCCUAAAAAACCUACUAUUCAACGUGAUGCAAUGAAACUUGUUGAUACUUCAGGAUUAGCCACAUUGAUUAGAUUAUUAUUCUUACCGCAACCUUUGGGCAAUAAAAACUUACUUCAUAAACUGUUGCUUAAUCUAUGUGAAAAUAGUAAAACACGUGGCGAGUUGAUUUCGAUGUUACUUUCAGUCCUUUAUGAUGGAAGUGGGGAUGUAGCAGCUGUUGAUAAGAGCUUUGCCCAAAUGUCUUUACGUGCAAAAGGCACUUCUAAAGGAACGCCAAGAAGACAUUCAAAUGCACCAAAUCCUUCCCUUGCUCAAAUAACUCAAGCGGCUGGAGAAAAUGUUCCUAACUUGAUCGCUCAAAGAUGUUUAGAAGCUUUGACAUAUAUUGUAACAUAUAAUGAGGCAUCAGUUACGUAUUUCUUAUUGGAACAUGAAAAUAAUAUUGGACUUAAAAGAUCAAAUAGUCGUAAAGGCAAAGAAAAGCAAUCAAAAUCCGUUGUAAGCAAAUAUCCUGUUGUGAUACUACUUAGUCUUUUAGAUCGACAAGUCUUUAUAAAAAAUACAACAUUAAUGGAUCAAUUAAUGCACUUACUAUCAUUCGUUUUACGACCUUUAUCGUCUUUAUCGAAACAACAACAACAGUCCGAUAAUGAACAAAAUUCAAAUAAUGUCAAUCAAUCUUCAAAUGCUCCUAAUGAUCAAAAUAAUGCGACAGCUUCCUCAUCGAAACAACCAGGUUCAGAAAAACCUGCACUCAAGCCACCUGUUAUACCCGACUAUUGUUUACGUUUAGUAGUGAAUGUAUUGACUGCUGGUGAAUGUACAAGUAAUACUUUCAAAUACACGCUUUCAGUUAUUCAACAUCUUUCUACGUUAAGUGGAGCCCGUGAUGUAAUAACGUCAGAAUUGGUCGAACGUGCUCAGAUACUUGGAAACGAUAUAUUGGACGAUCUUGAUGAAUUGGCAAAAAUUUUAGAUAAUGCGAACACUGGUGUUGAUGUGCAAGGAGUCACUUUAUCCAAAUUUUCACCUUCAUCUUCCAAACAAGCCAAAUUAUUACGUGUUCUCAAGACUAUUGAUUAUAUGUAUUCUCGUAAACAACAAUCAAAUACAACUUCUAGUACACAAGUGGUUUCGUUGGCUCCUACCGUUGAUCCUGAUGAAUUGGAAUCAGUUGUACCACGAACAUUAUUAGAUAGUAACACUCGAAAUGCUAAAUUGACUGACGAUGAAGCUAAAGUUAUGAAAAUAUAUGAGACUCUCAACUUUACUGAAUUAUGGAAGAGACUGGGAAAAUGUUUGACCACUAUACAUGAAAAACCGGAUAUGAUUCAUGUGGCAACUGUUCUUUUACCACUUAUAGAAUCUUUGAUGGUUGUGUGCAAAUACGUUGGUAUGACAGCAUCAACAAACCAGAGAAUAUCCUCACCAGGACCGUAUAGUUAUCCUCCUGAAAGCAUGGAAGAUCUAUUCUUUACAUUUACGGAAGAUCAUCGUAAGAUUCUUAAUACAAUGGUUAGGAACAAUCCUUCAUUAAUGAGUGGAUCAUUCUCUUUGUUGGUUCAUAAUCCAAAGAUCCUUGAAUUUGACAACAAGAGAAAUUAUUUCAACCAACAACUUCAUAAACGAACAAAUGCACGGGAACAUUAUGGUUCUUUACAACUUAACGUUAGACGUCAAUAUGUAUUUGAGGAUUCUUUCCAAAACUUACAAAGAAGAACCGGAGAUGAAAUCAAAUAUGGGAAACUUAGUGUACGUUUCUAUGAAGAGGAAGGUGUUGAUGCUGGUGGUGUAACGAGAGAGUGGUUCCAAGUUUUAGCAAGACAAAUGUUUAACGAAAACUAUGCAUUAUUCAAAACAUCAGCAGCAGACAGACUUACUUAUCAACCAAAUAGAGCUUCAGGUGCAAACCCAGAACAUUUAUUAUUCUUUAAAUUUGUUGGACGUGUCAUCGGUAAAGCUAUUUAUGAUGGAAGACUAUUAGACGCAUAUUUUACACGUUCUUUCUAUAAACACAUUCUUGGGAAAGCUGUUGAUUAUCGUGAUGUUGAAGCCAUAGAUUUAGAAUAUUAUAACAGUUUAGUCUGGAUGUUAAAUAAUGAUAUCACUGGAGUAGUUGACCUGACGUUUAGUGUCGAAACCGAUGAUUUUGGUCAAAAGAAGAUUGUUGACUUGAAACCAAAUGGUAGAAAUAUCCCAGUUACAGAAGAGAAUAAACGAGAAUAUGUUAUGCUUGUAACAGAACAGAAACUUACUUUAGCUAUCAAGGAUCAAAUUGAGAAUUUCCUUGCUGGUUUCCAUGAAAUUAUUCCUGCACAUUUAAUUAGCAUUUUCAAUGAACAAGAAUUAGAAUUGUUAAUUUCUGGCAUGCCAGAUAUUGAUAUUGAUGAUUGGAAAAACAAUACAGAAUAUCAAAAUUACACUCCUUCAUCACCACAAAUCCAAUGGUUUUGGAGGGCUGUACGAAGUUUUGAUCAAGAAGAGAGAGCGAAACUUUUACAAUUUGUUACGGGUACUUCAAAGGUACCAUUGGAAGGUUUCUCCGCCCUUCAAGGUGUCCAUGGUGUUCAAAAAUUCCAAAUACAUAAAGAUUUUGCUAGUCCAGAUCGUUUACCUUCUGCUCAUACUUGUUUCAAUCAAAUAGAUAUCCCUGAAUAUGACAAUUAUGAACAGUUAAGAGCACAAUUAUUAUUAGCAAUCUCUGAAGGAACAACGGGAUUUGGAUUCCAAUAA